AUGUUCAAACUGCUUCUGUUGGACAAGCUAUCACUCAGUAAAAGAGCAUUGAAGGUCAAGCAAGAUGUUGAAAAUUUGUACCAAGAAGAACUGAAAUCUGGCUGGACUGUGGCCAGUAUUACCUCGCAGAAAGGGAGGAAGCUGGACACAGUUUCCAUCCAAGGCCAAGCAAGAACAGAGGAAUUGAUCCAUGAGAUCAUCGAUGCGGUACUAGAGGAUAGGCAUGUUGUGGUUGGGUUGUAUGGUAUGGGAGGUAUAGGCAAAACAACACUCCUCCGAUAUGCAAAUGAGCAUUUCAGAAAGACAGAGCAAUUUGAAUCGGUGAUUUUCACUACUGUAUCAGCCACACCAAAUUUCGUAGAAAUACGAAAACAAAUUGCCAAAAGUUUGGGCUUGGAUCAUAGCAUAUGCCAAGAUGAAGAUGAUUUGAAAGAAAGAUUGUUUCGUCUUCUCCAAACAAGAAAGUAUAUAUUGAUAUUAGAUGACAUGUGGGAGGUUGUUGAUCUUGAUGAAAUCUGCAUUCCUGCACCAACGAAGGAGAACGGGUGCAAAAUAUUAAUGGCAUCUCGAUCAAAAGCUAUUGCUACAAGGUUUGGGAUCCGAUUUGUAGCAAAAGAUUCUCUUCAGUUAAUUCAAGUAAACAAACUUCGACCAGAUGAAGCUUGGAAACUUUUUGUGCAAAAGGUUGGUGAGAAUAUCACUUCUAAACCAGCAAUAGAACCUCUUGCCAAGGAAGUUCUUAGAAAGUGUGGUGGAUUGCCUUUGGCUAUUGUUGUUAUUGGUGGCACAAUGUCUACACGCGAAACAAAGGGAGAAUGGAGAGAUGCUCUGCGUGAAUUGGAGCAGUCAGCUUCAAAUCUUGAAGGUAUGGAAGAAGUAUUUGCAAUACUCAUGUUUAGUUUUGAAAAAUUGGAACAAUUAGAACAAUCCCUCUUCCUGUAUUGCUGUCUAUUUCCUGAGGAUUCUAGCUUUAUGAUAAAGUCAUUAGUUGAUUUUGCCACUGGGGAAGAAACACUAUGUGGUAUGCAGGAACUUGGAGAUAUGAGAAAUAAAGUUGAUGUUUUGGUUGGAAAGCUUCGAAAUUCAUCCAUGCUUGAGGACGAUGUCGAUGGAAGAUUUAAAAUGCACGAUGUGAUACGUGAAUUGGGCGUGUGGAUCACAUCUUCGAAAUCUAAUGAAUACCAUUCCAAGUUCAUUGCAAAGGCUCGUGCUAGAAUAACUGAGGCAGCACCUGAUGAUGUCUUAGAAUGGCACAAAGCGACUAAGAUUUCAUUGAUGCAGAGUGAGAUAGAGUCUUUACCUCUACUGCCACAUUUAUGUCCACAACUACACACAUUGCUCCUUCAACGAACUCGUAUUAAGGACAUCCCCCAACUGCACUUCUUGGAGCAGAUGCCCACACUUCGGAUACUAGAUUUGAGCAGGACUCGGAUUGAAAAUUUGCCACCUUCAAUAUCUCAUCUUGUCAAUCUUCGUUUGUUAUGCUUAAGGCACUGCUAUGACCUACAAAAAUUGCCACCUGAAAUCGGAAUGCUGGUUCAACUCAUAUCUUUAGACUUAUUGGGUUGCGAGAGCUUAAGAGAGCUACCGGUGGAGAUGAAUAGGUUGAACAAUUUAAGGUUGCUGAACCUCCGUUGGACUUUCCAUCUUGAGAGGAUGCCCCAUGGGAUGUUAUCUGGAUUGCAUAAGCUAGAGGAGUUGGAUGCUCUCAAAAGUGGGUUAAAAUGGUACACUAAUGACAUCGAGGAUUUGUCUAGAUUGACUUGCUUGAUCUCUAUUAAGAGUGAGGGGAUUAGAGAAAUAACGAAAAUGAAGGUUUCCCAUUGGUUUAAACCAAUAGCUAAAUGCAUGGUUAAGUUGCGUCUGAGGAAUUGUGAUAUUGAUCCUUCAGCUAUGCUGAACCUUUUAGAAGACUCUUCAGAAUUUGGUAAAGAUGUGAACUUCUUGUCAAGUAAGGGUUUGACAUGUGUUCCAACUCGAGGUUGUACAAGACUAACCAUACAAGGUUGUCCAGAUCUCAAGACAUUACUGGUUGCAGAGGAAGCCGAAAUGAAUGCUUUUGAAAGCUUACAAGAUUUGGUACUUGAUAGCGUCUUUGAAUUUGAGACAUUAUGUAUUGGGGUUCCACAAACUGGGUGUUUUUCAAAUUUGGAAAAAAUAAAAAUACAGAGAUGCCCAAAUCUGAAGGUGCUUUUCACUAAUGGUGUAACACGAUUGCUAAAGGAGUUGAGGUUUUUACAUGUACAUCUAUGUUCUCAAUUGGUGAAUCUAAUAUCAGAAUUGACAACCAUAUGCCAUUUUGAUUUGAACUGGUCAUCCUUGUCUACGGUGUUUGUUGAUAAUUGUCCUAGGUUGGAGCGAGAGGGACUCCCAUUUAGAUCAGCUAUAGUAUCAAUCAUUGAAAAAGAAUCGGUAAGCUUGUUUUUAUUUUUUACUGCUUCCAACCAUUAUAUGCUGUGUAUCAUAAUCCAGAAAGUCUUAGUCUAG